AUGUUGAGAGGGUAUAAUUGUGAUUGGAAGAGAGAAGAAGCCAACAAGAAUCUUCUCCGAACUCACACAACAGCUGUCUCUUCUAGGAUGCUUUAUGCACUAGCACAGAAACCUUUUGCCCCCAAGAAGUAUUUUUCGAUUGAUCGUGUGUUCAGAAACGAGGCUGUUGAUCGGACCCAUCUGGCAGAGUUCCAUCAAAUGGAAGGUUUGAUAUGUGACCGGGGACUUACAUUGGGAGACCUGAUUGGUGUAUUAAAGGACUUCUUCUCACGCUUAGGUAUGUCAAAGCUGCGGUUCAAGCCAGCAUACAACCCUUACACAGAACCAAGCAUGGAGAUCUUCGGCUACCAUGAAAAAUUAGGCAAGUGGYUGGAAAUUGGAAACUCUGGAAUGUUCAGACCCGAAAUGCUUCUACCGAUGGGUCUCCCUGAGGAUGUACGAGUCAUAGCUUGGGGUCUUGGUCUUGAAAGACCAACAAUGAUAUUAUAUGGUAUCYACAGCAUCCGAGAUUUGUUUGGACACAAGGUGGAUCUCGGUCUCAUUAAACGGAAUCCGAUCUGCCGAAUUGGUAUCUGA